AUGACACGACAUUCAGGUGGGAAGGAGGAAGGACUCACAUGAUCCAGCCAAUCCAUCCAUCCAAUAAAAAGACAUCUGACAAUCUGUUUGAAAGAUUUGGGUUAUGAGAACCCAAUAGACAACUCACUGGAGAGUGCCGCGACGGACCGAGUUCGAUGGCGUUCCCUUGUCACCCGAUGUGCCAAUCGGCACGGGAGGAUCCAAGUCUAAAUUUCCAUGAGCCAAGUGAAAUACCCAACUCUGUGAAUCGCUCUAAGGACUUGCCGUCACUGAGAACAACAUUAAAGAAUGAUUUAACACAAGCAGCAAGUUCACCUGACAUGAAGCCACAAAGCUGCUUUGAAGAGUUUACACCUAGCAUCACUGCUGAUGAGUCUGAUGAUGAAACCUACCGGUUCCAGUGCUCCAGUGCAGGCCUGUACCAGUGCAGUGUGACCGGCCUGGUGUUUGUCAUGAAGGCAGAAGGAGACGUGGUUUACAGGACUGUCCCUUGGAACAGGAGGCUGCUGGCCCAACACCACAAGAAGCCUGCAGGACCCCUGUUUGACAUCAAAUGUCAGCAGCAGUCUGUGUGUCAGCUUUGUCUCCCACACUGUGAGCUCAUCUCCACAGGUGGAGGUCAGUUCUUGCAGGUCGCUCAUGUGAAUAAGCUUGAAGAUAUCGAGUUUAUCACCCAUCUGCAGAUAACAGAAACUCACGUUGUUAUAAACAUCACAGGGUUUUUUGGUUAUGGUAUUGUCAGAGAUGACAACUCUCCCCCUGGCCCAAUCCAAGCUUUGAUUCUCCUCUUCUACAAACCCCCAGUUGAUCCUCAUCCCAGGUCUGUCCUCAGUGUGUUGUUGGUGCCGAUGACUGUAGUGAUUCGUCAUGUUAAGCACACCAGGAGUGAAUUAAUUGGUGAAGAGAUGUACAUAGACAUACCUUCGAGAUGUAGUCUAUUUCCAAAGCAGGUUUACACUCUGUCCACUGCUCCUGAUGAUGACCUGAUUGUAGUUCAACCAAAUGAAGCAGAGUUUCAUGGAGAGUAUUUUAACAGCUCAGUUCCAUCAUUCCAGGUGAUUUUCAACAGAGUCAUUACAGAUGUUAACCUGAGUCUGACACACCAGAGCAGCUUCAGCUGUGUCUGGAAAAGUGAGGUUUGUCUUUUGCCCAACAGAGUGAGAACAUUGAGUCUCCCUCCAAAUGAGAAGCUGUUAAAUGUACGGAGCUCCAUUAUUAAAGGGAUAUCAGGACCUGUUCUCAGCAGUCUGAUGGACAAACUGCUGGAGAAAAAAGUGAUAACUGAUGCUGAGAGGGAGGAAGCAGACGUAAUACAAAACAGAAGUGAAAGAGCUCGUUUUGUUAUCGACACUGUGAGGAACAAAGGUGAACGUGCUACUUCACAGAUGAUUGAGUCUCUGUGUGAACUUGACUCCUUCUUCUGUGAGUACGUUGGUCUGAUUUGAGGCAUCUGGUAAAUUUUGCUGAAUUUAUCUUCAGGCUUCAGUUACAAACCUCAACAUCGUAGUUUGAUCGAAAUAGGACUGCUCCAGCUCUUUUUGAUCUUUAAGCAAAGUUGAAUCCAGCCUUUUUCUCUAGACUGAAACUGGCUAUUAAUAUUAAUGUUACAUGGCUGAUAGCAACAAUUAACAUAUAAUAAUAAUAAUAUCUUUAGUUUAAACUGAGAUUUCCUUUGACUGGAUGUAGUGAGUAAAAAAAGUGCAAACACGAACCACAUUUUAUCUUCAUAAUUUGAAACAGCUUUUAACAGAAUUGUUAAUGUGAAAUAUAAGAGUGUAUAAAAAAAUUCAAACAGUUAAUCCAUUAUUUUAGUUUUUUUAACUCCCAAAAUUAAAAGUAAAUGUCUGCACUUUAACCUCAUAUUAAACACAUAUUUGCAACUUUAAUGUGUUUUAGCUAAAAAAAAUAAACUAAAAUUGUUAUUGUGCAGUAAUUUCCAGAUGUAUCUGUAUAUAUUUGAUCCAUCUCUGUUGUGUAUUUGUGGAUUUUUUUUAUGAGGUUAAAACAAGCAGCAGGAAUUUGAUCUUGUUGGCCCCAAAUGAUCUGAUGUGAUUGCUUAUUGUUGUCAAGUCUUAAAAUAUUUUGUAUUUGCUGAAGAUUUGUCCACUUUAUGAUUCAGUGUUCACGGUAAAUUUGACUUGAAUCCAACUUUUUUUGAGUACUAAAUGCUAUGUAUUGUCUAUCUGAAUCAAUCGCCCUGUAAUUAAAAAGAAAGAAUGAAAAUAAAUUACUUGUGCAUGUAA